AUGGCUUCAGAUGCUGCUUCUCAUGUCACUGUCGGGGCUCUCAGUGCCAUUUUCGAUGACACAAAAGGUGAAGUUCGAGAGCCCAUCGUCCAAUGCGUUCAGGUCAAACCUCUACCGCCCCAACCAAACAAUCAAGAACGAUACCGAGCUGUUUUCAGCGAUAUUGCCAACUAUGUUCAGACCAUGCUUGCCACCCCAGAAGCAAAUCACGUGGUGACCGAUGGUUCCUUACGGAAGGGCUGUUUUGUCCGACUUAAAAACUUCCAAGCAAACUCAGUCAAGGGCAAAAAGAUUUUGAUUGUUUUGGAUCUCGAGGUCCUGGCAGAUCUGGGUGAAGCAGAGAAAAUUGGCGAGCCCAAACCUUUAGAAGCUAAGGGUGAAGAAGAGGAGAAGACCCUACCGACCACCAUCUCUAGCAAUGGAUUUUACGGCUCCAAAUUACAAGGCGGCCCACCACAACAACCUACCCAGGCCCCAGCUAUACGGGGGACCUCUGCAUCUGCCCAUGCUACGAUUUACCCAAUUGAGGCUAUCUCUCCAUACUCGAACAAGUGGACUAUCAAAGCUCGCUGCACUAGCAAAUCUCCUAUCAAGACCUGGCACAACAAGAAUGGCGAGGGCAAGCUUUUCAGUGUGAACCUGUUGGACGAUAGUGGCGAAAUUCGUGCAACUGGAUUCACAGAGCAAUGCGAAAUGCUGUAUGAUAUUUUCCAAGAAGGCAGUGUCUAUUACAUUUCAAGUCCCUGCCGCGUCCAAAUUGCCAAGAAACAAUUCAGCAAUCUCAGCAAUGAUUAUGAGCUGACCUUUGAACGUGACACUCUAGUUGAGAAAGCAGAGGACCAGAAUGAUGUACCUCAAAUCCGCUUCAACUUUACUACCAUCGGGGAUCUUCAGUCCGUGGAGAAGGAUACAACAACAGACGUCAUUGGUAUUCUUAAGGACGUUGGCGAGACAUCUCAGAUUGUGUCGAAGGGUACUCAAAAACCCUAUGACAAAAGAGAACUCGGCCUGGUUGAUAACUCCGGUUUCUCGGUUCGCUUAACCAUCUGGGGAGCGACUGCCGUCAAUUUCAACGUGCCCCCCGAAUCUGUAGUUGCUUUUAAGGGAGUAAAGGUCUCAGAUUUUGGAGGGCGAAGCUUGAGUCUGUUGAGCUCUGGCACGAUGGCUGUGGACCCUGAUAUUGGGGAAGCUUACCGGCUCAAGGGCUGGUACGAUGCGCAAGGUCGGACCGAAGUUUUCAACUCUCAUGCAUCAGUCUCAAAUGCAACCAACUCCAGCAUGAAGCCUGACCAGUUUAAGACUGUUGCACAGGUUCGCGAGGAACAACUGGGCAUGUCGGAUCAAGUAGACUUCUUUUCCAUGAAGGGUACUGUGGUUUACAUUAGACAGGAUGCUACUUGGUGCUAUCCUGCCUGUCUUUCCGAGGGAUGUAAUAAAAAGGUGACUAUGAUGGAUGAAGGUCAAUGGCGCUGUGAAAAAUGUGACAAGUCCCACCCCAAGCCAGAGUAUCGCUAUAUCAUGCCUGUGAGUGUGAGCGACCACACCGGUCAACUUUGGCUCAGCUGCUUUGAUGAUACGGGUCGUCUGCUUAUGGGGACAACGGCCGAUAAUCUAAUGCAACUCCGCGAGGAUGAUCCCACCGCGUUUGGCGAAGUAUUUCAAGAAGCCAAUUGUCAAACCUGGGAUUUCCGAUGCAGAGCCAAACUCGAUACCUUUGGUGAACAGCAACGGGUACGGUACCAGGUCUCAUCUGCCAAAGCCAUCAACUAUUCUGAAGAGGCUUCUCGCUUGGCUAAAAUCAUCAGUUCUUACAAUCUCAAUUAA